AUCAGCUGUUUUGGUGGGGAGACUUGUGCAACAACAUUGAACGUGCGCUCGCGAGCAAAAACCAAAAAAAAACUUCAAUAAAACUUUGCACCCACACAAUGCAUUUAACCAUAGUGAAUUUCUUUAAAAAGACGGUGCCGGGUCACAUAUUCCGUGGCAAGCGGCGUCUUGUCAAACCAGUGAGCAAACGUGCCAUGGAGACACUGACCCGUGAAUAUGAACGACAGGAGCAGAUCAUGUUUCUGUUGCGGCAUCCCUAUCUUACACAGGAACAAUCAGCGGGCCAUGCCAAGGAGCUGCAGAAGCACGAGAAAUUGGUCACCAAGUGGACGGAGGCACAAACGUUGAGCAAGAUGAAGCCACAUGUGACGAUCGAGGAGCGUCUCAAUCAGCUGAAGGUCAAGGAGGCGUGGGAUUAGAACUUGUUCAACACAAUUUAAAUUUUUAGAAUAAAUCACAGUUACACAUAA